UAACAAGUCUAAAUUAUUAUCUAUUGUAUUGGCAAUAGGCAAGCUAUAUUGUUUAUCUAGUGAAGUGAUGAGUUUCGUUGAUGAUGAUGUGUUGUUAGUAAGUUUUUAAACUUUUGUGCGAUGAUGCGAAAAGUUUUAAAACUAGAUCGUCAAAAAGGUAUGUAUAUCCAAAGUCUUACCAUCAAUGUGUUCUUCGACAUUAACUAGUUUUCGCAAUAUGCACCUCUCUUAAAGGUCGAGUUCGAGAGUUUGAAUAUUGUGUAUAACCAUCGUCCAACAUUUACGACCACAGCAGUACUAAUUGUAGUUGGUGUAAUAUUGGUGCUAUACACUUACCUUAACAUCUCUUGCCCAACUUUUUCGUUUCGUUUCAUUUCAUUUUGUUUUUUUUUUAUUUUUCAAAUUUUUUUAUAUAUUGAUUACACUGUAUAUAAUACACUUUGUUUAACGUCAUAGAACCAAAUAGAUGAAGCGUGUGAAACACACUGUCUACUUCAAUCACUUGGAUUAUAUUAUUAUACGCCUACUCUGAUUCAAACUAUAUAUAAAAGUUAAAUAGUCUCAUAUAUAUAGACACAAAGAGAAUAUUAUCAAGACCACAAUCCAUGAAAAAUGAAAAAAAUUCCGAGUCACCCUCGAACACUCUCACAUUGAAUACAAAAAAAGGAAAAAAAAAAAAUUGAUACAUAGAAGAAAAAAAAAAAAACACAUUGACCUAGUUAAAAAAUAUUUAACUAUUAUUACGAGAGUAUGGAAUUUAACACGUAUCAUUCUCCCUUUCUUUGAUUCUGUUAAUGAAGAAAUCAAUGAUUUUUUUUACAUACAUUUGAUGUUUACCUGGAUUAUAAUAGGUAAUAACACUGACUGAAGGACAAAAUAAAACCGAGUGCACCCGGUCAAUUGGGCGUGGCAUUUAAACGACCUUCUUGCAAAAUAAAUAAAUGAAAAUACCAUCAACGGAUAUUAUUAUUUGAAGGGAUAAGUGCGGGGGGCACAGUUUAACAUCCUAGUGUUGUUGGUAUAUAAGAUUGAAUAAUGCCAGUUAAAUGCACACUCUGUCUACUAAGCGUCCCUAAGAAGUAUCCAGACAAGAUGAACGCAUUUAUAAUUAUUUCAUUGGCUGUAUGUGGCUUGGCAAAUGCCGGUUCAUAUGUACCAACUGUAUAUGGAGGAUAUGGAGGAUAUGGAGCUCAUGGUAUUGCUGUAGCUGGACCCCAUGUACCAGGUAGUGUUAUAUCUGGACCUGCUAUUGGUAGUAGCCAUCUUGCUGGACCUGUAUCUGGACCAGUACAUGUAUCAGGUGCUGUUGCUGGUAGUGCAACUGUAACUGGAUCAGUUGCUGGUCCAGCAUACGUUGAAGGAUAUGGUAGUGAUUAUGAUGGAUCUUAUGAUGUUUAUGGUAAUGGUGCUUAUGCACAUGGUGGAUAUGCACAUGCUGGUUAUGCACACACUGCUUAUCCAUAUGCAGGAUAUGCAAAUAAAUAUGUUGGAGGAUAUGGACAUGGACCAUCUGGUGUUGUAAUUGCUGGACCAGCAAUUCAUGGAUCCGUUUAUGCUAGUCAUAGUGGUUAUGCUCCAGCUCAUGGUGCUGUUUAUGGUGGUCAUGGUACUGUUCUUGCUGGUCCACACAGCCAUGGAGCAGUUGUUGCUGGUCCACAUUCUGGUAAUGCUGCUGUAUCUGGUCCAUCUGCUGGUGAUGUUGUCAUUCAAGGACCAUCCGGUAAAAUUACUGCUCAUGGAGCUGGACACGGAGCUGCAAUACAUACAGGACAUUACUAAAUAUUUUACUUGAUAAAUUAAUUUUGUCAAUAAUUUAAUACAUCAAAGGAAAAAAAAAAAACAUCUGGAUAAUGAAAUUUUUAUAUUUAUAAAUCGGUAGCAAUUUUAAUUGAAUAUCGUAAUAUUACUUUUUUUUUAUAUAUAUGUACAUAAAACAAGUCGAGUCUGUUAUACGAGCGAAAUAAAGUUUUUUUAUUUGAAACAAUGAGUAUUUAUUUAUUUACAUUUUUUAUGAAAGUUUAUUCAUUGAUAUGUCUCAAUAAAUUUUCUGUUUGUAUGAAUUUUGAAAUUUAAUUAAUUAUUUUAAAAAUUAUCAACUUUUAUAUAUUUUAAUAUAUUAAAUCGAUAUAUUGUAUAUUGUCGUUGAGUAUUAAAUAUUUCAAAAAUA